CAGACGCAUCCGUUGCGCCCUCGUCGUUCCUUGCGAAAGCUCACCGCUCCCUUUGGGACGCUACGGCCCUCAGGCCCGGCCACGAGUCCCUACGCUGCCGCUGCAGGAUCAACGUCGCUAGAACACCGCAAGUCGCUUAGCGUAAGAAGAAAGUAGCACUGGCUAGCGUGUGUGACGGGCCGAGCUGAGCCGAGUUGGAUGGCCAGGGGGUGUCUCGCAAUGGUGCUUGCUGCGGUGGGCGACACCGGUCGUCUGGAGAACGCCGCAUGGGACGAGGGAUCAUGGCACGGUCACACUGGAGCCGUCAUGGCAGACAAUGCCACACGGGCAGAGGCUCGGCUCGCAAAGGUACAUAAGGCAGCCUGCUCGAGCUCCAGAAGCCCAUUCUUCAUCCCACAUCCUCACUCGCUCUCACCUUACCAACACACCUCCAGCCAACACCUUUCGCCUGCCUCAACAUGCAGCUCUCCAAGACGCUCGUGCUCGUGGCUCUCGCCUUCGGCGCCUCUGCCUCUGCCGCUUCGAUCGGCUCGCCCGCCGCUGCCCGCGACGUGGCUCUCUCCUCUUCGGACCUCUCGAGCGGCUUCGCCGCCCGCAUGGUGGCCGCUCGCGCCACCUCGGCCUCCGCUGCUUCGGCCGGCGGUGCUGCUUCGGCUGCCAGCGCCGCGUCCAAGGAGUUCAAGCAGGAGCAAAAGGACGUUCAGGCAUUGCUGAAGCAGGACAAGCCAGACCCGGCCGCCGUCAAGGCCGUGUUCGAGCGUAUCAGCGCCUCGGCCAAGAAGGCCAACGACGCGAUGCAGGCGGCCAAGAGCAAGCGCCAGGUCGCUACGCCGCCCUUCCUCGUGCCCGCCAUCGCGCAGCUCACCGUCGACCUCAACAACCUGCUCCUGACGGGCGUCGAGCCGCUUGUGCGCCAUCUGACCGCCAACCUCGACCUCGGCACCGUGCAGAACCUCGUCGACGCUCUCUCGCCCGGCCUGGCCUCGCUCAUCAUCGGCGUCGAGGCGCUGCUCAACAGCCUGGCGCCCGGCCUGUCUGGCCUCGUGGACCCGCUCCUCGUCAUCGUGUACGGCCUGACCGCCGGUCUCGGCCUCAACCUCGACCUUCCUGCCGCUCCUUCGCCGCCGGACUUCAGCUGA